AUGCAUAACUUAUCUUCCACAUUGUACCCUGAAAAAGAGCAAGAGAGUGGCAGCAUCAACGCUAAAGAAUUCACUGAAGUGACAAUCCAUUCACCUUCGUGUUCCAUUUACCAUCCUCCUCAAAACCUUAGUAAACGUCACCACUUGGCAAUACCUGAUCAAAGCGAAAUGCAUCCUAACCACGAUCAAGAGGAAGAGUCUUCUUGUAAACAUCACGACGACUUGGAGGAGAAAGAAAUGCGUGUUUCUGCCAUGGAACUUCUUUAUGAAUCAAAAGUUGGUAGAGUGUUUGUAAAAGGAGCUCGCUUUGGUAUGCGUUUCUGUGGUGUUUUGUUGGUGAUAACUGCUCUCGCUCUGUUGACCUUGAACUUUGGUUUUUACUUUGCUGUAAUAUUGCCAAUGAUGAAUACACAGUGGUGGACAUAUUGCUUUCAUCUUGUAUUUGGAGUUUACAUGACCAUCUCUGUAUUCUUUAACUACAUUCAAUGCAUUCGAAUCAAUCCAGGAACAACUCCCAAAGAAUGGAUUCAUUCAUUGGGUGUUGGUGAUUUAGAGUCAUUCAAAAAAAGUCCAAAAACUAUUCCUGGAAAAACAUGGAGUAAAUGGUGUGGACGAUGUCAACAACCAAAACCAAUGAGAGCUCAUCAUUGUCAUAUAUGUGACACAUGUGUAUUGAAGAUGGAUCAUCAUUGUCCUUGGUUGAAUAAUUGUGUUGGACUUCAAAAUCACAAGUACUUCCUGAGUUUUUCUGUAUUCUUGGCUGUAGCAUCAAUUUACCAGUUCUUCAUGAUUGGUUUUGGCUUGGUUGGAGUGUACACUCCAGAUCCUCUUUUGUUUGAAAUGUGGGAUUGGUGGGCGUUGAUAGAAAUGAUUCUUUCUGGCUUGGUGGGAAUAACCAUGUUCAUAUUCUCUUCUUGGCACAUAUACCUUGUGUUAACAAAUCAAACCUCAAUUGAGCUUCAAUUUAAUAAGGAUAAAGCAGAUGGAGACAAUCCAUUUGAUGUGGGUAUUCUCCAAAACAUACAGCAGGUAUUUGGUCUAUUAAGCCCACAGCCUUCAGUUCUGUGUUGGAUAAGGUUACUUCUUCUUCCUAAUGCUCAAAAAUCUCAUCUCGAUGGAGUGAUCUAUCCAACGAAUCAGCGAGAAAAUGUGUAA